GCCCGCGUCCCUGCAACUGGGCACCGGCGCGGGCGCUGCGGGCAGCCAGGCGCAGCAGCACGCGCACCUCCGCCAGCAGUCCUACGACGUGACCGACGAGCUGCCGCUGCCCGCGGGCUGGGAGAUGACCUUCACGGCCACUGGCCAGAGGUACUUCCUCAAUCACAUAGAAAAAAUCACCACGUGGCAAGACCCUAGGAAGGCGAUGAAUCAGCCCCUGAAUCAUAUGAACCUCCACCCAGCUGCCACUACCACACCAGCGCCCCAGAGGGCCAUGGCCGUGUCCCAGCCGAAUCUCGAAGGAAGAUCCAUAUCGUUGGGGUUGGAUCCAAAGGGCUGGGGGAGACUUGGCUCCUUCUCAGGUCUUAUUUAUAAAGAGCACACAUCCAGCCUUCAGGAAGUGAUGAAUCACCAGCACCAGCAGCAGAUGGCACCCAGUUCCCUGAGCCAGCAGAACCACCCUGCUCAGAACCCACCAGCCGGGCUCAUGAGUCUGCCCAACGCGCUGACCACCCAGCAGCAGCAGCAGCAGAAACUUCGACUUCAGAGGAUCCAGAUGGAGAGAGAGAGGAUUCGAAUGCGCCAAGAGGAGCUCAUGAGGCAGGAAGCCGCCCUCUGCAGACAGCUGCCCAUGGAAGCAGAGACCCUGGCCACAGUUCAGGCUGCUGUCAACACCCCCGCCAUGACCCCAGACAUGAGAUCCAUCACGAAUAAUAGCUCGGAUCCUUUCCUCAAUGGGGGGCCGUAUCAUUCGAGGGAGCAGAGCACCGACAGCGGCCUGGGGUUGGGGUGCUACAGCGUGCCAACGACUCCGGAGGACUUCCUCAGCAAUGUGGACGAGAUGGACACAGGAGAAAACGCAGGACAGACUCCCAUGAACAUCAACCCUCAACAGACCCGUUUCCCUGAUUUUCUUGACUGUCUUCCGGGAACAAACGUUGACCUCGGAACUUUGGAAUCUGAAGAUCUGAUCCCCCUCUUCAAUGAUGUAGAGUCUGCUCUGAACAAAAGCGAGCCCUUUCUGACCUGGCUGUAACCGAUAACCAUUGUAGCUUGGGUGCAGCCAUGACCUGGCAUUUCCUGGGCCUCUUGGAAAAAGCGAUGGAGCAGAGCAAGUCUGCAGGUGUGCCGCUUUCUGCCUCCAUGACGCAUGCUCCCUCCUUUCCUUGUGGCCAGUUUAAUCAUUGCCUGGAUUUGAUUGGCAGUAACUUAACUUAAACAUAAAUAAACAUUCUAUUUUCAUUUUCUGCACGCCUGCAUUCCUGUGAUGGGUUAUGCAGAAUCAUUUCUGCAGAGUUGAUUAUGCAGAAUUGCUUCUCCGCUUUUCUCUCUGCUGCCCCAUGACUAAGCUUUAUGGGUGUUCGUUGAAAUUCAUACAUCAGUUGAUUAUAAACCAUGAAAAGCUGACCACAGGCAGUGACUUCUGACAGGCGGCUCGGUCCAGGAAAUGUACACAAAAUUCUACCUGAUUUACAGUUUCAAAAACUGUAUUGAUAACAUUAGUACCAAAUGCUUUAAAAAAUAUUUAACUUGAGCUUUAAAAAAAAAUCAUUGUAUGGAUAGUAAAAUUCUGCUGUAUGGAAUACAAUGUAGUUUUGAAUCCAUGCUGGUUCUGAUGGUUCUUAUUACUUUGUAUUCACAAAGGCACACACAGCCCUAUUGCAGUUUAUCCUUCAUCAUUUUACUGUGCAGCAGCAUCUAGACAGCCAGUCCUUCCAGCAGGAGAGGAACAGCAGCAUGAGUCACAGUUCCUCCACUAAGAUCUUAUGAAAGAGACCAGUUUGGCACCAAUUAUGAACAUUUAUUAAACAAAAGUUUUUAAAAUUACAAGUUGGAUUUUUUUUUUCAGUUGCAGCUUAGAACUUGACGUUUAUUUUAUAAAGCGCUAUCAUUUUGUAGCUGAUGACAAAGGGCAACCAGAUGUUUUUGAUGCAUCAGUGGCAACUGUAUUUUGGGCUUUGGAAACUGUCCUGAAAACAUCGGGACAAUGUAGCUUUCAACCUGCUAGCAUACACAGGAAGCUGUUGCUUUUUAAAUUCUGAAGCCUUGUUGGUUUUGCUUCUUUCAAGAUUUUCAAGUGUUGAAAAACACUGUUAUCUAUGAAACUGAAGGAUGAAGCAGAUCUCUGACUGACGUGUAAAAUAACGCCCCCUGAGGGUGGAUGGUGGAGACAUGUUUCUGAAGUCAGUGAAGUUGAUUCCUAAGUAUAUUAUCCUAACCCUGUUUGCUACAGUUGGUAUCAAAAGGCAUGUAAUAUGUACUCAGUACCUCUUAUGUAACCAAAAACGUUUUUUAUUAGCUCCUAAGGACUGAGAGAGAGCGUCAGGUCCACCUGACAUGCACUCUGCCUGCAUUGCCAAUGAAGUCCUCAACUGUUUAAUAUUGUGAACUGACAUUAUUUAUAAUCUAUGAAUUUAAUAUCUUUUUUUUUUGAAAGACAUUCAUAAUGCAGGUCUCUGAGAGGAACCUUUUAAUUCCCAAAGGGCUUAUUUGCUGGGGAUCUUUAAUUAAAGAUCCCUUUCGAUCUACCAGAUUAUAGACGAGCAGAAUACAUCUUAUCUUGUUGGAAAGAAGGCAAGUGACAAGGGCAGAGAUGAAGUAGUCAAGUUAUGGAAUAUAGUGGAAAGGAUACUAGGUGUGAAAUGGAAGUAGACAAGCUAUAGGACCCCAAGCGAGACGAGCGAGACGAGCAGGAGGCAUGAGAGGUGCCCCGAAAGAACAAAGCAGCAAUUUUCUCCUACAACCUUUGUACCAAAAGACAGCUAUAUAAGAAAAGACGGCUUCAGUGCACUUUAUGUGGGAAAAGGAGGGGCGGGGAUGCUAGUGCCCUGUCCCCGCUGAUGCUGAGUACAUAGACAGACAAAGGCAUAAACCUACCGUUGCUCCCAACACAAUGAAGUGAUUUUUUUCCCCCCAAAGGACCCAUAGUUUCUGUUCCUCUGAUUCCUUCUCUCACUCGAAAUGCUCUGAGAGGGAUGGGGGUAGAUGUUUCUGUUGCUACUAAAUUGAAGGGAGCACUAUUUCUUUUUCUCUUGUGUUAGCAGUCAUUGCAAAAAGCAUUGUACAUUCUUUCUAAGAAAAAGCAAAAAACAAAAAAACAAAAAAACAAAAAACAACCAAAAACAAGGGACCUAAUAAAACUGAGCAGUGUUACUGUAUUUUUAAAAAAUAUUUUUGUAGACUCAUUUUCAGGUUAUUAAACAUAAAAGAAACAGAUACCCCUCUUCUUUUUUUAGGUAGUUAAAACAUCGAUGAUUUGUAUUAUCAGUUUUUAGAAGUAAUUUCCUAGUAAGCUUGUGGCAUUAGAAAAUACUAGAAAAAUUUUUUUAGUGAAAUUAGUUGGAACAUUUAUUAAUGAACAUAACAAGUAUUUUUCCAGAAUUAAAUAUGGACCCAGACUACAUGUUUACUAAUAAAUGAAGCCAGAUUUAAUUUUUGUUGUUGUCUUUAAGGCCAUAAAAUACAGCCUUUGUUAAAAAACACUAAAGCUAGAAAUAUAAAGAACAACUUUUAAAGGAUAUUUCCUAUUAUUUUAAGGGUUAAAACCCCUGCAGAAUUCAUGAUAAGGUGCUAUUUAUACUUUAUUUCUUAUUUUAAAACAACUGCGAGAAUAUCUUGUCUUUUUAGUCUUAAAUUAAUCCAUAAAUUUCAACAUUUCAUCCAAUAAUUUUGCCAGGAAAAAGACAUAUUAAAAAUUGAAAUUGAAAAUAAUUUCAUAGAUCUUUCUUUCAAGGUAUUUUUUUCCCCUGAUAAAACACAUUUUCUUGAAGUAGAUACACUGUCAAAAACUAUUUGCAAUUCUGUUAAAUCUAAGUAAUUGUUAAUGUUUUACCAUAGCAUUUAGGAUGUGAAAUGCCAUUUCUUUCGUUGACUAUAUGAUAUAGGAGGAGCACGUAAAACAGUAAAACCUUUAGUUUGUUGGGGGUGCUGCCGACCCCAUCAAGGGAGAAAAGUUCUCUGUAGAAGAAGGCAAUCUGGAGUGUGAGUUUCGCUAAUGACAAGUUGUGUUCUCAUGACAUAAUUGGAAAGUAACUUCUGAAAGUGCAACUUUUAAGAAAAAUAAAAGCAGUUAAAAGGAAAUUGUACAUUAAUUUAAUUGGGAAAAUGGGCAAUUGACAGAGACCAUUUCCCUAACACACUACAUCAUUUAUGUGUUAGUACUUUAACUUUUUAAAAAAUUAUUUCUACAUUUUGUAAUAUGACAUAUGUGUGUUUAUUUUUAAUGUAGAUUUCUAUGCAUACAGAAAGUAUGCAGAAAAAUCAGUCAGAUCAAACUAUUUUACCUGGAGUUUGGUACUGAUUUUUACUUCUCUGAUUCUGUAUAAGAAAAAAUAAAUACAAUUGAAUUUCCA